CGCGCGGUUGGCCCUUUCCCCGUUUUUUUGUACGUCUACUUAGGGUACCGUAAUUGUCUUAGUUCUUUCAUUGACACCUCGAUCAAAAACGCAACCACGUUACCAUACUGACGACGAAUUUCCCCCUUCGCAUAUACCACCAAGUCACGACAAUAAAAACAAGAAUUUUUCAAAAGCAGAACACAUCAUCAUCAGGGCAACACCAGCAUCAGCAAGACAUUCCAAAGCAGCAGAAUCAUUGCUCUUCAGUCCUUAGUUGCAAACGACUUCCGAACGAUCCCCCUAAUAUAAAUAAAGAACAAAGAAAAUAGAAGAAGCCAUCGAGAAAAAUAAGACUUCACCAAUGCCACUUUCACCAAUGAGACCAACCACUGCGAACAAGAGCAAAAGGUGCAGAAAUACAUCCAGCAACAUGCCUGCAAUGACGACGAGACGGACAGCGAUCGGCAUUUGUUGGGUGUCUUUGGUGCUCGCACCAUGGGGUUGCGUCGAAGGAUGGGUUGCUCCAAAAUCAACCGCACAGAAAACACCAAAAUCCACCGCACCAACUUCCAGCAACACCCUGUUCUACAAGACGUGUGGAUCGGACGAAACCUUCUCACGCGUCGCCAAACCCGUGCUUCCGGGCAUUCACGAAACGGUGCACGAAGAACGGCAGCCGCGCAAAGACGAAACAGAGGAUCCGGUGUCCAGAGCGGCAAGCAUCCCCUGGAUCGGAGACGAACACGAUUGCACCGGCGAUGUCUUUUUGCCCCACUGGAACUGGCAGCUGGACUUUUUUAGGACGCACCUGACCAACCUGCGGUUCAACCCACCGGGCGAUGCUAGCGACGAAGACCUCUAUUGCAUGGACGACGGGACCAAGCGCGUCUACACGAUUUCGCUGUCCUCGGACGAAUAUCGGGAUAUUCGAAUGACGUACAUGGAUUUCCCUUCCUGCAAGACAGUCCGUUGCCUGGCGUAUCCCUCCGACGAGAGACUUCCCAUCCUGGGCAUGGGAAUCAUGAAGUUUGGCAAGCACCAGCACAUGGCCGUCCUGGACUACCAGCCGCUGAGCACUAAAGAGGAGGACCACGACGUCAACGAUGCGUACACCUCGGAGCUCCUGCGGAUGCGGGCGGAGAACCCCACCAUGAGUCAGCCCCAUACCUACCGACACUUUGUGACGGAAGAGCGCAAGUACUUUACAGACUUUCCGCUGAUUGGCAAGUUCAACGACAAGGAGGAUCCCGCGUCACCGGAGCAGGGAACCUCUGCCUGGAUGCGGGAAAUGCACCGCGGCCAGAGGGAGUUUGUCGAGACGCACGUCAAGCUCACCCAGCGCCACACGGAGGCGGACCCGGGCACCACCGACGACGAUGCCAGCGUCAGGGAGGUCCACUCGGAGUUCGACACGCACGUUUCGAAGAAGGAACCGGCGGGGCCGAUGCUGACCGCCACCUACGGCGACGAAAUCGCGCACAGGCUGGUCCACCGGGUGAUCUUUCCGCUUUCAAGGAACUGAGCGAAAGAGCGCCGAGCCUCGCCACCUCGCCGGGAUAGGGGGAAAUGUACAAACCAAAAAAAGGAAGAAAUCGCGGUGUAACACUACACUGUCCUACMCUGUUGUCGACUCCAAUGUACCAUUAUUGCACAAAACCAAAACAACCACUCCUCAACGAUGUAUGUUACAUUAGAUAAAAAGUAAUUGCAAAC